CCCUCAUUUUACCCACAAAUCCUGAGAUAACCCGUAUAUACACAGUUAAAUGUGUAGAUGUGUAUGCUAAUCGAUUUGACGUGGUCAGGUUGAAAAGGAAAUGAUACCAGUCGGUGCUUGUAUCUCCUGUAGAUUUAGUUGCUAUGGUCUAUUUUUACAUACACUUGACCUCGGCCAUACGACAACUAGGUCAUUGGUUGAAUACUCAUUUACCAAAAAGGCACCCCUCACUCCGGAAAUUAAAUUUCUAUGACUAUACACGUGGAUGAACACAAAUUUUAACAUACAACAUACAUAAACUCUUAGACUGUCUCCCAUAGAAUUCAAAUUCCAAAAUUUUGUCUGAGUUGUCUAAAGUUUGGGUUUUUUUCUAAAUUCUGCCUCGGUCCUAUCGAUCCAUGGAUUAUAACUCACAUGAUUGGGUUGCUGUGUGUUUUGUUACUCUCAAAUACCGAUAAGGGUGGAUAGCAUCCUGAUUCAGGAGAAUAGCUAGCACACAACGGGAGUAAGGGUGAUGUUGGUUGAGUUUGAGUGGGUGAGUAGAUAUGUAGGGGUGUAGAGAAAAAAAUAAUAAUAAUAAUUUUUAUGGGUGUGUGCGAGCGUGUAGUCGCCAAUACCUAUUAAGGCAGGAGCACAAUGAAGGCACAAUUCCAUAAGGCCAACAACUAAAUUGUAAAUAAAUAACAAUGUAAAUGUACUACGCCUACACACCUACACAAUAUGAGAAUAAUGCAUAAAGAGACUGAUUUUUACACUUACACAAAGUCUACUCCUCUAACCCGUGUAUACACUAACUAGCUCACAAAAAUACAUUGUACCCAUAGAUGGAUGAAUGGGUAACACGCUGCCUAAAUCAAGUUGAAAUUUGACUAUAGUGUUGUAGAUUAACAGACAGGCAACACACCCCAUUCACACAAUAGAUAGAGUAUAGUGGAUUAUUUGGCACUUCCGUCCAAAAACAAAUCAGGGCAUUGUAAAAAUUAUUGUAGUCAAAUUUUGAUAAAGACUAACUGGGACGUAUUAUAUUUCUCUGAUUAACAACAAAGUGUACAAUAUUGAAAAACAAAGACAGUUGGAAUUCACUACAGUUAUAGAUCAAUUAUACACUCAGGUGUUUUUUUCUGGAAAUCACCCUAUAAUACUUUAGAAAUUUAAACACUUUCCGCCUGAUAAUACAAUAAAAAGGCCUACAGAAAGAUAGAAUGCUGAUGAAUCUUAAUAACUUUAUGGAGGCUAUUUUACCAAAAACAUCAACACCAACAAAAGAGGCGAAUAAAACAAAUUAUCCAGGUAGAGAAGAAGAAGAAGACGGAGAAGGCGACAAAUCAACUGAUAACACUUCUAUGCAAAUUGAUGUUGUAAAUUCCUAUACAAAUAUCUUAUCACCAGUUGUUAGUCCUAUUAAAAAUGCUACUAUUACUAGCACUACUACUACUGAUACAGAUAUCAGUAGUAACGAUAAUAUUAGUAUCAAUGACAACCAACAACAUACAGUAAAGAGUAGUGAGUGUAAUAAUUCAUCAAAGAAUAAUGAUAAUAAUAAUAAUGACGUAACUGAAAGCAAAGCUAGUAAAGAACCUUUACAAGGUUAUACACUUAUCAACAAUCAAGAGAAUUUAGAAACGAAUGAAUUGAAAAUGCGUCUUUUAGCUGCACUCGCGGAAAUGAUACCGCACGAUGAAAGUUUAAGUUUACGACUGCUUAUGAAUUAUACAAUUGAUGAUCAAGAAAGUGAAUGUGUUGUAAUCGAUGAAACUUUGUGUAAAGGAGUAAAGUAUGAAGAAGGGAACAAUCGAAAUUCAACAAAUCCUCAACUCAAUAAUAAUAAUGAUAGUUAUACAAGCUGUGAAAGUUUAACCAAAGAAAAUCAGUAUCAUGAAUCAAGUAAGGUACUCACAGAAACCUCAUCUACUCGAAGUAUGUCGUAUGAACCAGAUGCGCUAGAUUUGUCCUUACAUACUGAAGCUACAGAAUUAGUUGAUUAUCAUGGAGAACAAUCGUCUACAGAAUCAGCAGGAGACGAUUACAACUUGAAGCCGAGGAUUACGCCUUCAAAUGUUGACGCUAUUCUAAAUGAUAUUAAACCAUCCUUGAGUAUCUGUUCUACAUCCACUAACUUGAAUACGAUGAGAACACAAGAAUCAGCUGUGUCAACAGCCAGUACAACAACAACAACAACAGCGACAUCAACUCCAGUCAGUCAGAUUCCCCUGCUUGAUUCUACUCUGCUUGCACUCCUUCCAUUGCUCCAACAACAACACCAGCAGCAGCAGCAACAACAAAAUCAACAACAACAACAACAAAAUACAAAUGUUUUAACCUAUCAAAGUGUAUUAAAUCCAAAUACACUUUCUUUACUAUCUACGCCUAUUCCUGUAUCCACUCCAACAACAUUGACUACAACAAAACAAAAUCCUAUCACUUUUAAUCUGACAGCAAAUACAACAUCAAAUACAAAUACUAAUCAUUUAUUUUUCAAUCAAUUAUAUUCAUCUAAUGCUGCAACACAUUUUCAACAAAAUAUUCAUCCAUCAACAAAUAGUCUACUCACAACAAAUUUAAGUAGUAUACUGCCGAAACAAACAGAAAUGAUAAGUACUACUUCGACUGGAGGCAUAUCUAAUCCUAUUAAUAGUUCAUUAAUGAACAGUGUUAUAAAUAAUAAUAAUCAAUCAUUGUUGAAUACAGCCUCUAUUAUCGGCUUUCCAUUGUUUAAUCCGUUUUCACUUCAUGCUAAUACAACUUCUACUAUUCCUAGUAAUAAUAAUAAUAGUAGUAAUAAUAAUGGUAAUAAUAAUGACCAGUUUAAUGGAAUAUUACAGCCAACAUCAUUUUUAAGCAGUACACCAACAAUAUCACAAACACUACUAUCAUCAACUAUACCUCAGUCGGGCAUUACAUCAUUUAAUUUGAGUCCAGUAAAUACAGCAACUACACUGUUCAAUUUAAAAGAUAAACAAACAGGUCUGAUUGAAGCUGUAGGCAUUUUACCAAAUAUGAAAAAUUUAAAUCAACCAAUAGCCACACUGUUGAAUCAGUUGGCGGUUAAUUCAUCUUCUAACAUCAACAAUAAUAAUAAUAGUAAUAACAUUUCAUUAAAAACUCUUUCAACAUUAUCCCAAUUAUUUUGUAAUAAUCUUGUGACAGCAACAACUCCUACUACUAACAAUAAUGGUAAUAAUAGUAGCGGUAAUAGUGCCACUACAAAUAAUUUCAAUAUAACAAAUAAUCAUAAUACGAAUAUCACUAUACCGGCUAUAAUAAAUACAAAUAUUAAUAACAAUCAUAUUUCAUUAGGCAGUGAAAAUGAUCCAGUAGUAGUAUCUAAGAAUUCUACCAAAAAAUCUUCAAGUUCAGGAAAAGCCUCUAGCCGAUCUAGUCCUGGGAAUCCAUCUAACGGUCAUUCAUCAUCCGCUGCAACAUCGAAGUUGAAUUCAUCAACAGAACAUAAAACUGAUGCAAUGAAAUCGUCAGCAUCUGUAAGACAAAUCAAAGAGUCUACAAGCAGUAAUAAUACAAAUAUAAACAGUAAUAAUAGUUUCUUAUUCGGUCGUCGAUUGACUCACAGUCGUCGAUUUAUAUGUAAUCAGUGUCGGCGGAAUUUCUCUUCGCUAGCUGAAUUAAAUCGGCACACCAUAGAAACGCAUAAUUCAUUUCGUUGUACUAUAUGCUCAGCGCAUUUCACGCAACGAUCAAAUCUUCAACGUCAUUCGCUAAAACAUGUCGGUUUUAAACCAUUCACGUGUAAUUUAUGCAAAAAAGAAUAUUAUCGUAAAGAUCAUUUAGUCAGACAUAUUGAAGUGACACAUCCAACACAUGAUCCUAAAAUGAAUAUCACUGUACACUUGACAUCAUCUGAAUGCUUAGAUUAUUUGGAUAGAUUGAAUGCAGGCAAACAGACACCAUCGCCUAUAGAGAAUAGCCAGCCUGAGAAUGAUUUACCUGUUAGUUCUGCUACAGAGGUGACUACUGCUACUUCUACUACUACUACUACAACUAAUAUAACUACUGAUGUUAUUAGUACAAGUAGUCAUAUAACACCGAACAUAACUGACCAUGCUAUGAACGGUGACGAUGAUUUCGAUAUAUUGAAUGAAGAAUCAAUGAAAAUUGAAGAAGCUAGGCUAGAGACACCUGAUGCUGAAAUGAACGAUGAUAACCUGGAGAACGCUACUACUACUACUACUGAUAAUAAUAAUAACAAUAAUACAGAGGAAGAUAUGGAAGAAGCAGAUUAUGACGUAACCGACUGUAAUAAUGUUAACUAACUAACUAACUAACCAACCAGCUUGCAAACUAACAUAGUGAGUUUGAAUAGAAUUAAGUAACCGAAAUGCUUUUAUUCCUCUUCAACUGAUCACAAUCUGCAAUUGAUAAGCACCGGUUUCCUGUGUUAUUUUCUAUCUUUCAAUUAUUACUUUUACUAUCUUUAUUAUCAUUCUUACCACUGUUGUUUUACUAUGCUUUUUUUCUUUUAAAAAAAAUGUGUAUAGUGCAUUUAUUUAUUUACUAAUUUAUAUAAGGGAUAAAAGACACAAUAAUUUUGUAAUAUGCAUAAAAAUUAAAUCAAUUCCAGCUAUUUAUUUUUCUUUCUUUUUGUAUGAGGAAAUGUAUUUCCUCAUUUUUGAUCUAUACUGCCUGUCUGCCCGCGCAUGAGAAUCCAGCGGUGAUGGCGAACAUCAUCAUUCACAUUGUGCCUACAAUUUGAUUAAGACUUAUGCUUUCCUUAAACUUGGUUGAACGCUUUUUGGUUUUGUUUAACUUUUUUGUAAUACAUCAAUCUCCUUUCAAUAAAUUAUAUUCCUGUGAUUAUAACAAUAAGUAUUUGCCUCAAUCUUUUGAAUUCAAUUGCCUUUCUUUUUAUGUGUGUCUAAUUUUGUAUAACCUGCUAUACUACAAACAUUCCAACUAUUAAGGAGACAGUCGGAGCGUCAGUAGCACAAGUGGCCUUAAUAUUUCCAUCAGUCAAACUGUCUGUAUUUUUGCUUUUGUUCACUCCCAAGUUGUUGCUGUUGUUGAUGUUUUUUUGUAAUUUUUUAUACUUUUGUUAUUUUUUACUUUGCUUUAUACUUGAAUUUUCUGGUUUAUUCAACGUAUUUUCACUUUUCAUUCCCUAAGUGCUAUUGUUACAUAAAGAAACUGAGUAGUAGUCAUAGUAGAAGUGGAAGUAGUUUCCCUCAGUAUUAUACACGUUUUUAAUGUAUUAAUUCUCUUUUUUUUCCUGUUUAUGCUCAACACACUCUAAUAAUAUUUAAUAUAAAAUCAAUAAAAUUGUUUUUGAAAUAGUGGUUUUUAUAAUAACAGAAAGGGUUUACACCUCG